AUGAUAUUGAUUAUUAUCACAUAUAUUUUAGCAUUACUGGACAUUUUCUUUGUUGAAUCAAGUCAUUUCUCUGGUGGCACUGUAACAUGGAAACCUAUAGCUAAUACAAUUACUGGUUCAACAGUUUCUGUGAUGUUUACACAAUCAUAUCAAUGGCGACUAUCAACAGCCGGAUAUUGUAACCAAACUUAUAUUGUGAAUAGAUCACCUCUAAUUCCAUCAAUGAGUGGUAUACUUGCUUGUGUAUCAUCUCAUACUGGUUUCUGUGGUGGUUAUAGUUCAAUGUCUAUUUUUGAAUAUUGUACCGAUUAUAGUACAUUCCUUGACUCAAGUUCAGGUCAAAUUUCAACAGUUCAAACUAUAACGAUUGGUUCGCAGUUUUGUGUCGCAUUUCAAAGUGGAAGUUGGAUUCCUGUGCAAGUGGCAUGUGUAUCAAGUACAGGUAGUUGUUAUAAUGGUGGUGCUAGCUGGUCGAUCGGUACUUGUCUCGAUUUAAAUAUUAGAUAUGAUGGUGUUAUUAAUACACCACCAGUUGCAACAGUUGUCUCACCUAUAAAUGUACCUGUCAAUUCUGUAGUCAAUAUUGAUAUUCCAGUGAUUGAUGCUAACAAUGAUGUAAUACGUUGUCGUUGGGCUCAGUUGACAACAUCAUUGGAUGAAUGUGCUGGUGUCUGUGGAGUAGCAGCUGGUAGUACUCUCAAUAGCAACGAUUGCAAACUAACAUUCAAUAGCACAGGAAAAACUGUUGGAGACUAUUAUGCAAUUGCUUUAAUGGUUGAAGAUUAUUGGACAUCAUCAUCAUACUUGCCAUUUAGUAGUAUUCCAUUACAAUUUCUAAUUAAAAUUGUUAGUAAACCUAGCUGCUUCACAAAGCCGAAGAUUAACUCCAGUUUACAAGAGUGUACUGCUAUUACUGUUGGAGUUACAUUUACAUUCACAUUGACAAUCAUGCAAGGAUGUGCAAACACAACAAUUGGUGAUAUAUACAGAAUACCACCUUUGAACAUGUAUAAAAGUGAGAUAAGCCCUGCUGACUCGAUCAAUGCAUGGAUUAUGAAUGAAACAUGGAUACCAACUGUUGACCAAGUUGGAUCUCAAGUUUAUUGUGCUAUUGCAACUGAUAGAACUACAACAACUUCAACGAGUGCAACUAAGACUACUAGCACUUCAACAACAGCUACGACGGCAACAACAACAACAGCAACAACGGCAACAACAACAACAGCAACAACGGCAACAACAACAACAGCAACAACGGCAACAACAACAACGGCAACAACGACAACAACAACAACAGCUACAACAACAACGACAACAACAACAGAAACUACAACAACAACAGAGACAACAACAACAUCAACAUCAACAACCGCAACAACAGAGACAACAACCACAUCAACAACCACAACAACAGAGACAACAACCACAUCAACUUCAACAACGACAACAACGAUGACAACUACUAUCACUACAACGACAACAACAACUACAACAACAAUAACGACCACGACAACGACCACAACAACAACAACAACAACAACGACAACGACAACAACAACAACGAUGACAACUACUAUCACUACAACGACAACAACAACUACAACAACAAUAACGACCACGACAACGACCACAACAACAACAACAACAACAACGACAACGACAACAACAACAACGACAACAACUACAACAACAAUAACGACCACGACAACGACCACAACAACGACAACUACUACAACAACAACAACAACGACGACAACAACUACAACAACGACUACAACGACAACAACAACGACGACAACAACUACAACAACGACUACAACAACGACAGUAACAGGUUUACGAUAUAUUAUCAUUGCAUAG